CCGAGAGAGCACCCAGCACCGCAUUUGUGAUGUUAUAGCAAUUUGAGCGCCAAGUUGCGAGAGAUAAACCCAACAUCUAUACUACUGGCAUUCAGUUUUGCCUGCCACUUGGUCCCAGUCACACAUCAAUUCAUCCAACAUUCAGUUGCGAUUUGCUCCUCGACGGUGAAGCAUCACUCGGCUGCGUUGCUCUAACACCAUUCUUGUGUGCCGGAGAGUGAACCAUUUUUUCCCUCCAUCUCGUGUUUGGGACGUGAGAAUUUAAUAAAGUGCAAAGUGAUUUUUUUUCACUCAUUGAAAAUUCCUCGUGAGUUCUUUUCCGCGGCUGAGAGUUCGUUCAUUUUUUUUAUUUUGUGGAAUAUAAAUGGUGUUAAUUCAUUGGCUGCAGAGGAGUUCCACCUAAAUUGGGAUGUGAGCUUUGUAAGAAAAAAAUGACCGAAAGACUGUGAUUCUCUCCCCCCUCUUUGUGGACGCAAAAGUGUCUGGAGUUGACGCUGUGAAGGACAUAGUCAUUUGCAUAUAGGAAAGCAUUUUAAAACAACAAAAAAACUAUCGGAAGAAGCACUUUAGUUAUUUAGGAAUCAAAAAGAAAAAAAACUCACAAAAUGGAAGUCUCCAAAAGCUUCGUUAUCGUAACACUUCUCGCAAUUCUCAUAAGUUGUGGGCAAGUAAGUGGACGUCGGACUAAACGAAUGUACGCCAUGUGCCCGCCAAAAUUUGUCCGACUCGGCAAUGAAUGCUACUACAUUUCAAGCGAGAAGGCAAGCUGGCUUGAUGCUCACUUUGAGUGCAAAGACCGCAACAGUAAACUUGCAGAGCCAUUCAAAUUCGAAGAUAUCCGUCUACGGAAAUAUCUCAUGCGCACUGAGUCAGAGAGAACCCCAAAAUGGAUUGGAGGAAUUUACAAUUGGGAACGCAAAACCUGGCAAUGGGGCUACAAUGGACGUGGUAUGAAGUACCAGGCGUUCAGUCAAAUGAAACCAAGCGCCGACGAAGAUAUGAAAUUUCACUGUUCCAUGAUGAAUCCCACCUUGAAAUUCAGGUGGUCUGCGAAACCAUGCGUAGAACAACAUAAUUUCAUCUGUCAACACCGAAUGCCCUUUGUGAGUGAGCGAAAUCGUCAGCGUGUGUAUGCAAAGUGGAACGAAACAUUCCCCAAUGAAUUGGCAAAUGAAAUUGAAGUUCUCGUUACAACGAAUCCCCACAACCACACAACUGAUGGUCGUCGUAGAUCAAUCAGUCGUCGUGGCUAUCACGUUAACAGCGUUCCAAUGGACAACUUGAAUCCUGAAAGUGUUUCCGGAUCACGGCACGUACAGCGACCUAAUCGUCAGGGGAGAACUGAUCAUGCAAGGAAUCAACACCGUAGAAGGCCAGAAAUUGUUGAUAUUGGCCGUCCGAUUGUUUCAUACGCUCCAGAUCCGGUUGUUGAGAUUCGUUUAGACAACAGAAGACCCUCCCACUGGAGGCAGAGGCAGAGGGUUGAACGACCCUACCCACAGCGCCAUCAUCAGAGGCAUCCAACAACGACAACAUCAACAACAACAACGACAACACCGACACCCUCAAUGCUGGACUACAGGAUAGUUACCCUGCCUGAAGCACUCAAUCCUUAUGAGAAUCCUCCACAGCAGCCACAUCAUCGCCACGAAACCUACCAUCAACCAACAACAACAACAGCCCCAACAACGACAACCGAUCGAUCAAAUGACAUCGAAGAAGAACCACCAAAUCAUCAUCACAGAGAACACCACCACAGUCACCACAGAAUACGAGAGAAGGAAUACGAAACGUACGAUGCCCCAACAACCCCAGCUACGACAACAACAACCGAAGAACAAGUCACAGCACGAAAACUCUCUGAAGCAGAGAAGAAACUACGACGCGAUGAAUUGCGCCAACGUCUGAGUCGCUUAUCGCCAGAAAAGCAACGUCAGUACAUUCUCAUGCGCAAGAAGAAGCUCGAACGGGAGAAAUUGAGGAAUGAGACGGCAUAAAGGUGCAUAUCAUCGAAUGUUGAUUGUACGUACAAUACCCCCAUUGAACUCUCACAACAAUGACACUACCAAUUAAAAGAGAAAAAGAAACUUUUUCAAUGGCAUUUUCGCACAAAUGUUGUUCCAAGAUUUAUUUGGAAAAUAAUCAGCCUCUCAUUUUAACAAAGAAAAAAUUGUUUUGGAGGUUUUUUUUUUAAAUUUUAUCUGUAAGUAUACGUUAAUGAAUUGAGCUUGUUGAUUUUCAAAAUUUGAGGAGGAAAAGUGGAAAAAUUGUCCUAUUAGGAAAAGAAAAAAAUUGACAUUUUAGGAAGAAAAUUUCGAAUUUGAAUUAAUUUUAAAUCUUGAGGAAACGUCAAAAAUGGCAUGUGAGUAAACGUCAAAAAUGGCAUUUGAGUAAAAGUCAAAAAUUUGGCGUUUCAAUCAACGUCAAAAAAUUGACAUUUAAGUAAACGUCAAAAAUUGAUAUUUCAGUAAAAGUCAGAAAUUUGACAUUUUAGGAAGCAUCAAAAAUGAUAUUUCAGAAAAAAAUUUAAAUUAGAGUUGAUUUUAUUUGAGGAAACAUUAGGAUACAGACCUUUUAGGACGCGUAAAAAAUUUAUAUUUCAGAAAAAAAAUGUUUCAGGAAACGUCUGAGAAUUGACAUAUUAUGAGGAAACAGAAAAUUGACAGAAGAUUGACAUUUAAAAAUUGACAGAUGAUUGACAUUGGAAAUUUGACAUAAAAUUAACAUUUUGGUAAACGUUAAAAAAUCAAUUAUUCAGACAUUCUAAAGCUGUUUUCAAGUGAAUACAAAUCGCAAACUAUUAUUUGAGAAUACUUUGCGUGAUGAAAAAUUGAAAGAACUAGCAAACGUCAGAGAAAUGUCAAAUGUAGUUUCCACAAUAUAUUUGUCUUCUAGAAAUCACGAGGCUGUCUUUAAGUAAAUGUUCAAAAGUUGAGAAAUUUGAAUAAAAAACAGAAAAUUAAAAUAGAAUUUCCAAACAUUUGACAGAUUAAUAUAAAAAGAAUUAAAGAAUAAUAUUCUUCAUUGAAAAAAUCAUCAUCUUGGAGCACCCUGUAGACACAAAAAAAUGAAGGAAAAAAUUGUCUUUAAGUUUGGAAGAGAAAAAGAAAAAGAAGUCCACAAACUGUUGUGCCAUCAUCUUAGCUUGUAUUUAAUAAUUUAAAAUUAUCUCUUAUUUACUUUGCGGAAAAUUUAAAGAAACUUGGGUCAAAUCGAUCAUUUUUAUAAGCAAACUCUGUGGGAGUAAACUAUUAAUUUUGAGAAGAGAAAUUAAUGAUAAAUAUAGCUUUUUUAUACUUUUGAGAAGUUAAUUUUUUUUGUCAAAUAAUUUAUGUAUAUUUGUUGCUUAGGAGUUAUUUUCUUAUGUUGUGAAUAUGAUUCCUAUAUUACCAAUGUAAUUUCUCUAUAAUGAUACAUUUUAUUAGAUUACAUAGAAUGUUAUAUUAUACACAUUAGAAAUGCUUAGUGAGAGCAGAAAUAAUUUUAUAUAAGAAAUAAAAAAUAACCUCCACGCUGAGAAGGGCAAAAAGAUGCAAAAUUUGAAAAUUUAUUAAAAAAAAAGAAGAGAAUUUUGCAUAUUAAAAAAUUACCAUCGCAGUAUAAUCAUAAAUAAUUAAUUCUGUGUAGAUUUAUCAAAUAUAAUUCAAAUUAAAUAUUCAUUGUGAAAUGUGAGAAUUUAACGACGCAUUUAUUUCAUUAAUAAAGUGUCGUAGGAACACCCCGCA